AUGGGUCGCAGGAGGGCCCGCCUGUGGGCGCUUUUCCAGUGCUGCAUCCCCAAGGCAAAGGCCAAGACAAGGAAGAACUUGGCCUCGGCCCAAGUCCUGGAAGCAGAGCGGCCUGAGGUGAGAGCAGCCGGGGGCUGGGCCCGUCGGAUUGGCCUUCACGCGGCGAAGCAUCGACCCCAGCAGGUUGACCUUGUAAGUGGUUAUGCAGGUGCUGCGUGGAGGACAGGCGGGGACCCCACAGGAAGGGAAACACUGUCUGGAGGAGUCACUGGGGCACGUGGAUUGAGCUAUAGAGAGUUGGCAACAUCUACGGAAGAACUCAAUAUAUGCCGGGAACAGCUUCUUGCAAGAGAAGAAGAAAUAGCUCUGCUGAAAGCAGAGAGGAAUAACAUCAUGCUGCUGCUGGAGCACCUGGAGUGCCUGGUUUCCCAGUAUAUACCGUCCCUCCAGACGACGGCGGGCAAGUGGCAGGCGCAGUCCCCAGAGGGCAUGACCAGCGAGCUGGAGGUGCUCCAGGCGCUGAAGUCACUCUUUGAGCACCACAAGGCCCUGGACAAGAAGGUACCACCGCGUAUUAGGGUGACACUUGAAAGGUGUAGUUUGUUAGAAGAAUUAGGUGCCACACAUAACAAGCUGAUGAUUCUUAAAGAGAAGAAUAACCCGAAAAAGAUACUAAUGGACAGAGCGCUUGAUGUAAAUCACAAGCAAGAAAACAUGCCAAGCGCCAAUGGAAAGAGAACCCGCGACGAAGACCUGGCUCAGGUGACCGAGCUCCAGGAAAUCAUCGAGAAGAAGUCACGGGAGCAGAGAGAGAUGAAGGACCACCUGGCAGCCCUCUCUGCCCACGUAACAGAGCUGGAGAAGGACCUGGACACGGCCAGGAAGGACCUCCUCAAGUCUAAGGAAGUACACGUGAAAUUACAGCAGGACGUCCGUGAAGCUAUGGCCCAAAAGGAGGACUUGGAGAAGAGAAUCACUACACUUGAGAAACACUACCUCACUGCACAGCACAAAGCCAUCUCUGUGCACAACCUCCAUGAUAAACUUGAAAAUGAAAUCACAAAUAAGGAUUCUAUGCAUCGACAGAAGGAGGAUAAAGACCGACAGCUGCAGGAGUGCCUGGAGCUGGCAGAGCAGAAGAUGCAGCAGAUGCUGACAGAAGUGGUGGCUGAGCUGGCUCAGGGGGGAGCUGCACUCUCCAAGGCGGGAGAGAGACACAGCAGCAUGGAGGAGAGGGGCGUGUGGGCCGGAGACGCGGCUGGGCGGGCCGGCGCUGCCUUUCUCCGCCGCUCCUGUCUCUGCCGUCCAGUUGUGCUGCACAAGGCGAGUGACUGCCGUGGCCGACAGCACAAAGCUGCCAGGUUGAGUCGAGUGACUCGGAAACUUGGCCCGUUUGACUUGUUUUACCCCGUGCAGCUCCUGAAAGAUCAAGACCGGGAGUGCGGGCAGCAAGCCAGCGUGCUGGCCAACGUGGGCCAGGUGUUGGAGAGUGACAAGGGCGUGUCAGACGGCGAGGGCGACGGGGUCACCCUCUUCAGCUCGCCGGCACUGCUGUCGCCCAGCGGGCAGGCCGAUGCCAAGACUCUGGCCAUGAGGAUUCAGGAGCAGCUGGACAAGAUCAAUGAAGAAAUCUGGUUGAAACAAAAAGACAAGGAGAACACGAAUCAGCGGGCGGAGGGGAUUGAGAGCAGGGUGGGCAGUGAGAGCUUCAGCAACCUUCGGCGCUUUCAAUCCUCGGACUCCCUCAACCUGGAUCCCGCCUCCUCGCAUGCCGACUCCUUCCCGCCCAGCAGAGGGCGCUCCAUGCCCGAAAGGAGGCAGCCCAGCCCUGAGCAAGAAGAAGACAAGCUGGGCUUCAUGACUCUGCCUAGUGAUUUAAGGAAGCAUUGUCGAAAGCUGCCAGCCAUACAGGAAGAGGUAGAAGAUGACACCAUCAAAUGUGAAACCUCGACCUCCGCCUCGCUGCGGUCCUUUCGGCUGGACCGGAUCACGGGCUCACUGCGCACAGCCAACGACGAGGACAUCAGGGACGCCGGCAACACGACAGGCUCUCAGGAUGGUCCCGGGGGCAACCCCAGCAACAGCAACAGCAGCCAGGACUCGCUGCAGAAAGCCCCAAAGAAGAAGGGCAUCAAGUCCUGCAUCGGUCGUUGGUUUGGCAAGAAGGGAAAGGGCCGGCCUGGACACACCAGCAAGGAGGCAUUAGGACCAGGAGCGGAGGAGUCGUCUGUCUUCUCUAGGGUCCGAGAUGAUCAGGGAGUGGCCUCCGUGCCCCCGCGGGACCAGGCUGGCGUGUACUCACCGCAAAGCUCAGCAGGACUGCCAGCUUUACGGGAAGAGGUACGAGAUGACAAGUCCACCAUCAAAAGUGAAACCUCGAGCCCCACCUCUCUGCGGUCCCGGCUGCAGACGGGGCGCUGCGCACGGCCAGCCACGAGGACACGAGGGACACCCGCAAAGAUUCAGCGUGAGAUCGGCAUCAGCAACCCGCUGCACCAGCUGAAGCUGCGGCUGGCGAUCCAGGAGAGCAUGUCCCUGACCGGCCGCUCCGCCCCGUCCAGAACGUUCCCUUUUCGGGAGCUGUAG